AGAAAGCAGGUCAUUCCAGUUCUCAGACUCUCUCUUACGAAUAUCAAGCCUCACCUGCUUGUUCUCUCCAGUCUUAAUCAAAACAGUUUUGGUUUGACACACUUUCUCUGAUGCAACUUUAAGCAGGGCUCCCUGGGAAUCAAACUAGAUUACAGCUGCCUUUCUACAGAUCAGAAGCACAAGGUUCUUGAAAGAGAGACUAUUGCUCCCAGUAAAGAUGGCUUUUCCCUUGACACUUACCACUGCAGUGCUUUCGAUCUUUGCCCUCCAAGGGGCCACACAAUUCCAGAGUUCAACCUCCCCCCCCGUUGGUAUAUUAACCACCAAUCCUGCUAUAGCCAUAGAAACCUCUUCUACAAAACCACUCCAGGACACAGUCCCACCAGCAUCAACAACAGCAGUUGAACCUCAACAUGCUUCAACCACGGAGAGAACAACCAGUUCCGAAAAUUCAUUUUCCACCACAGGAUCCACAACAGAGUCAACAACAGCCCUUACUGUAGCCACUGAGAUCACAACCCAUGCCCCAGCCACGCUUAAUCCAACAACUCCAGAAGGCAACUAUUCAAUCACAGGCGCCGUCUCAUUUACCACCCCUAGCAGCAGAAAUGACUCUACAACUCCAAGCGGUAACUUCUCCACUUCUACCCCAAGCGGAAACCUCUCAACUUCUACCCCAAGCGGAAACCUCUCUACUUCUACCCCAAGCGGUAACUUCUCAACUUCUACCCCAAGCGGAAACCUCUCCACUUCUACCCCAAGCGGUAACUUCUCAACUUCUACCCCAAGUGGUAACUUCUCAACUUCUACCCCAAGUGGUAACUUCUCAACUUCUACCCCAAGUGGUAACUUCUCAACUUCUACCCCAAGUGGUAACUUCUCAACUUCUACCCCAAGUGGUAACUUCUCAACUUCUACCCCAAGCGGUAACUUCUCAACUUCUACCCCAAGUGGUAACUUCUCAACUUCUACCCCAAGUGGUAACUUCUCAACUUCUACCCCAAGCGGUAACUUCUCAACUUCUACCCUAAGUGGUAACUUCUCAACUUCUAUCCCAAGCGGUAACUUCACCACUACUACCCCAAACUUCUCAACAGCAGGUAACUUUUCGACAGCAACAACAACAACAGUGAGUGGUACGACUGUGAACACCACGCCCAUGUCUACAGCUUAUCCAGGGACCAACGACAGCAGUACAACACUCAAUUACAUAACUACCACCAACAUUCCAAGAACAGGGAACCUAUCCUUUCCUUUCAAAGAUGCCACUCCUCACAGUAAAGAAAAUGAUGAUGGUGUCGCAGUGGGGGCCAUUGUUGGAACAGCCCUAGGAAUCUCACUAGUGGCUCUGGUCCUCUACUUCAUAUUUAAGAAGGCAAAAUCAGAGUCCUUCAGUCACCGCAGACUCUAUGAAGACGUGUCUGCAGAUCCAGUUCUCCGACUGGACAGCUCAGCCGAUCAACUUGAUCUACGCUAUGAGGGAUCAGCAUACUACAAUCCUGGAGUCACUGGGGACUCUAUCCAAAUGGCCAACAUCCACUCACAAGGGCAGGAUGCUUAGUGGACCUGGACAAGAAUGGGCUUACCUAAAAAAAAUGAAUGAACACAACCCAGAUAUUUAUACUGCAACUAUCUUCUUAGAAAUAAAUUAAUAAACACCAAGUAUCUGACAAGUUGGCUCAUAUUACAGGCUUAAAAACCAACCCCAAAACGUUCAAUUAAAUUUUCAAUUCAAUGUUGACUGUCGCGUUAGGAAAGUACAACUUUCCUUUGGCAAGAGAAACUGCCUUUCUGUAAAUGUCCAAAGCUACCAGUGAACAGACAUCUGCAAGUUUAUUUAAAAUAGGAUUGAAAGCUAGCUUUAGAGAGACUGCUGUAACGUUCCCAGGCAAGAGCACAAUAUUUACUGUUCCACAUUACAGCAGUGAAGUAGGCACUUAUUGGAAAUACCUGUACAGUAGAAAUCAACAGGACUAAUGGUUGUUAUAAAUGUUUGGGGGCAUAACAGUCACUGCGUUCACAUACCCUGUUUUAUUUUAGUUUCAUGGUUAAAACCAAUUCACUAAUUUUUAGCUGUAAAAAAACAUUUAGAUUUUGUAACUAUUCACAAUAAUAAUAAUAAUAAUAAUAAUAAUAAUAAUAAUAAUAAUAAUAAUAAUAAACACUGAAUGCCUGUAUUCUGUAAUGCUAGCAUUAUGAAAACCAUUUUACUGUAAUGCAACACUUACGGUAGUAUUAAUACUACAUGAUUUAACUAGUGGUUAAAUAGCAUAUUUUGGGAGCAUCUUGCUUUCACACACACACACACACACACACACAUUUGUUUGGUGUUUGUGUAACAAUGAAAUGCAUCUGCUUUCUUUAAGGAAUAAAAUCCAACACUUUUAAUGGGAAAGAAUGGGGGACGGAACUGGGGUGAAAAAUCAAAGAAAGGCUGCCUUACCCCAUAU